UGUGGCUCUGUCAUUUCCAAAAUGGAAAGGCAAGUUUUCACUCUCUGGCUGGUCUUUUCUUCGCAGAUAGUGUUAGCAGACCUGGCUGUACAUCAGAAUGCCAUUGAAAUCUACAGCCUGCAUGUGGACUGCAAAGUUACAUCACGGUUUGCUCACACGGUCAUAACCAGCAGAGUUGUCAACAAGGCAAAUGAAUCCAAGGAGGCCCUAUUUGAAGUGGAAUUACCCAAGACAGCCUUCAUCACAAACUUCAGCAUGACCAUAGAUGGAGAAACAUAUCCUGGAAUAAUCAAGGAGAAGAAAUCUGCACAAGAUCAGUAUGAUGCUGCCGUUUCACGAGGGCAAAGCGCUGGAUUGGUCAAAUCGGCUGGAAGAAAAUUAGAGCAGUUUCAUGUUUCAGUCAACGUUGCAGCAGCAGCUAAAGUGACCUUUGAGUUGAUCUACGAGGAGCUGCUAAAGCGGAAGCUGGGAAAGUAUGAACUGCUGAUUAAGGUCAAGCCCAAACAGCUGGUGAAUCACUUCCAGAUUGAUACCCACAUCUUUGAACCGCAAGGCAUCAGUUUCUUGGAAACGGAAAGCACCUUCAUGACCAAUGAGCUGAGCAAUGCCCUCACCAAGGUCCAGGAUGAGACCAAGGCCCACAUUUCAUUUAAGCCAACCAUAUCUCAACAAAGAAAAAGCCCCGAACUGGAAGAAACUUUGCUCAAUGGAGAUUUUCUCAUCCGUUAUGAUGUUAAAAGGAGUGUCGCUGCGGGCGAUAUACAGAUUGUGAAUGGAUAUUUUGUCCACUAUUUUGCACCGAGUCAAAUGCCAGCAUUUCCCAAAAAUAUAAUCUUUGUGAUAGAUAAAAGUGGAUCUAUGUCUGGCAAGAAAAUUCAGCAGACAAUAGAGGCCCUGCAAAAGAUUUUGGGAGAUCUUAACCCUGAAGACCACUUUAACUUAGUCAUCUUUAGUGGAAAUGUUGCUGAAUGGCGUCCAUCUUUGUUGCAAGCCACAGAGGAGAACGUGGAACUGGCUAAACAAUAUGUUCAGACCAUUUUUGCUCAAGGAGUAACAGAUAUCAAUGGGGCUCUUCUGGCUGCAAUUCGUUCCCUGGAUAAAGCCACCUCUGCUGAGUUACUGCCAGACAGAAGUGUAUCAAUGAUCAUUUUGUUGACAGACGGUCAACCCACUACUGGUGUUACUAAUGUCAAUGAGAUUCAAGCAAACAUAAAGAGGGCUAAUGAAGGCAAAUACUUCCUCUACUGUCUUGGCUUCGGCUUUGACGUCAGCUACUCAUUUCUGGAGAAGAUGGCCUUAGACAACGGGGGAGUUGCUAGGCGUAUAUACGAGGACUCGGAUGCAGCCCUGCAGCUCCAGGGCUUUUAUCAUGAGGUCGCUACUCCCAUCCUGAAGGAGAUUGAAAUGAAAUAUCCAGACAAUGUUGCACUGGAAAUCACUCAGAAUAAUUUCAAGCUGCUCUUUGAUGGCUCUGAAAUUGUAGUCGCUGGAAAGCUUGGAAAUGAAAUAGAUGUUUUCCCUGUGGAAAUUAAUGCUCAGUCGCAUACUAGCAAUCUGACCCUUAAAGAAGAGGCAAAUGUAUCAGAAAAGGAGCAAGUAUUUCAGCAUCAGGAAUACAUCUUUGGAAAUUUCAUUGAGAGAUUAUGGGCCUACCAAACAAUUCAACAACUUUUAGAAAAAUCUGUUUCUGCGGAAGGAGAAAAACGGAAAAACCUGGACGCCCAAGCUUUGAAUCUCUCCUUGAAGUUUAGCUUUGUCACGCCCCUCACUUCCAUGGUGGUGACCAAGCCUGAUGCUCAAGAGGUGGCAAACAAACCUACAGAGGCAGAUAAUGAAAAUUUCAGGCAACAGCAUCGUGUCGUUUCACGUGUGAUUUCGGGGAGACAAGGACAUCCUGCGAGCCGAAGAAAGGAAAGCCACUACGGAUCCCGGUUUCUUUCCAUUCCAGUACAAAGUUUCAUCCGUCGUGACAAAUACGUCCCCAACACAUAUCGCACUGAAAGAAGGUUUGAAAGCGGAAGUAUCAUGAAAGAGAAGCGGAGGAAAAAUGACGGUAAGGAAAUGCAGUUGCUCCCACCCCGUCAGAUGACGCUAGGUAACUCCCAUUUUGCUUAACCUGAUUUGGCAUUGCAAAGAACCUAUUGCAACUUUGCCUGUCAAUGGCAGAUUAGACAUGAAAGGACAGCCACGUGGAUUUUAUCCCUGUGAAGUGCCCGAUUCUCAUAGGAAGUCAGGGUGGAGGUGGAAUGGGGCAUUAUUGCUUACAUUGAAAGGAACGAGGAGGGGAAUAAAGACCACCACCCCAACCUCCCCAGCCUGACCUUGCUGCACUCUGUUACUUGAGCAAAUCCCCCCACUAAAAAGCAGAGCAUGGUGCCCUCCAGGUGUGUUGGGAACUUUGAAGGGAACUAUAGUCCAACAUCCCUAGAGGGCACUAGUUGGGGAAGACUGGCGUGGAGGGUUGUUCUUUACUUCCUAUCAUCAUCAUCAUCAUCAUCAUCUCCAACAUCAAUUUUGGCAAGCCCUUAAGCUUCUUUAGCCUUGAGCAGUAUACCACCAACUUCCCCGUGAGAGCAUUAUGCAAGUGAGCGAUACUAUCCAAGCAAGUGAAGGGACUUCUGCUUUUGAUGCUGAUGAGCCCUUGAAUCAAAAUGGGCCCUGAAAUUGCAACCCAUUCAUUCUGAAUAAUUUGAAAGUGUUGUAAAAUAAUUUGUUUAAAUUGGGACCAUUCAAAAUUGGGUUGGUGGGUAAGUUUUGUUAACUUUUGUAAACUGCCCAGAGAGCUUCAGCUAUGGAGCGGUAUAUAAAUGCAAUAAAUAAAUAAUAAAAAAUAAAAAUAAGUUCAACUAUCAAUGGUGGCAAUUGAUUUCUGUUAAAACAGUUGGAAUCCUCUCCUCCUAGGUAUAUGUUUUAAUCCCAGUCUGCAUUAAAUGUUUGUUUGUUUAAGUAUUUCUUUGCUGCCUUUUAGGGCCAUGCUCUCUCAAGGCAACUUAAAUAAAAAUAAUGAAAUCGAAAUUCACUCAACGAAGGGUUGUCAGCUACCACAGUCCGUUUUCACAGUGGAAAAGGGAAAUUUCCUGCUGACAUUUAUACUUAAUAAACUGCAGCACAGAAGGAAAAAUGGAUAAUUUAGUUGCUGUUUCCUGUCCUUUCACCCUUUCAAUCAAAACUAUUUGCAAUCUAUUUGAAUUUGGUGUGCGUAAAUGUGAAUGUAUCUCGAUAGAAUUGGCCCACUGAUGAACCUAGGAGUUCUCUGGCUGUAUCACAAAUCAAAACCAAAGAAACAACUACAGUGUCUUCUUCCUGUCUUUUUG